AUGCAAUUCUUUUUGAAAAAUGCUCCACCGACGGAAACUACAUAUGAAGAGUUAAAAACACUUGUUGGAGAAUACCUGUCUUGCAUUAUAGACAAGGCUGCAGACUCAUUGAGACAGACGUCGCCUAGCAACACAAAAUCUAUCAAAGAGAAAUCAGCAUACGACGGCGUGUCUUUGUCGUCAAGUAUUAUAAGCCAAAUUGCUGACAUAGCUGUGACCGAGAGUUUGUCAAAUGUAGUGCUAGAAGACGACGUCAACCACUCUGCCUUUCAUGAUGCUAGACCUAAAACUAUCAAAGAAUUUAUGGAGGUCUUCGGUAUUGUUGAUGACGUUGCAGGUGACGGUCUACCAACAGUUAGUAUGUAAGAGACCAAGAUGGGACUGCAAGCCGAUUAUAUUUUAGUUAUAUUUAUCUGUUACUAUAAUUUACUGCAUAUCGAACACUGAAUCAUGAUUUUCAAACAUAAUUAUGAGGUUCUGAAUUUUAUUUCUUAU